UUAAAGGCCACUAGGCUUUUUAUCACCUAGGGCUUAUUUUAUUAAUUUAAUAAACAACAAAACAGAGAUAGUCUGAAACAAAGCAACAGAGACAAAACAAAAUGUAAAAAAAUGAGCUUGCACGAAUUAGAAAGUGUAGGCCAGGUAUAUCAAUGGUCAGAUCGGCCCUUCGUCGGAGAUGUCAAUGUCGUCGCCGGUGGAGCUUCCAUCUUUGUCCUCUUGAUUGAUUCCAUCCUUGUGUUGCACAUGACCCGGAUUCAUCAGAUGAGUUGCUCUCCACUACAAUUGGGGCUUUGCUACCCUCUUCCUUUGUCUUAUCAACAGAUGAUUCCACCAAAGGUUCAUCAUGCUGCUCCGGCUUUGGUUCCUCCUUCUUGGGCCUAUAUUCAGGAUGCACCACCCAACAACUUUGUAUAUCAUGCCCUUGCAGUUUACAAUGUGUACAAUAUUUUGGCAAAUAAUCAUAUUGGAUUCUUUGCCAUUUUGCUUGUACUUCCCCAGUCUCCUCAUCAACACAACUGAUAUGAAUCCUCUUUGGCAAUUCCUUCAGUAAAUUUACUUCCACUU